GUCUCCAAAUCACCUUAGCCUCAAAAAGCAGCUAGCAGGGUAAACUGUACUCUCAGAAACAGGUUUGUUGCCAUGCAACACACAAUGCCACUGGAGUAGACUAGUAAAAGGUAACAGCUAAAGAUCUAGUCAAUAGAUAGGCUGUGGUUCUUCUUCUGGAAAUUCCUGACCGGUUGGAUUCCUUUAAAGGCUCUGCCCUACAGUGCUUUAUGUCAUUACUUCAGUUACUUGAAAACUGAAGUUCCAGGAGACUGCAGAAAGCGAACCUGCCUUGGCUCCAGCACAUCCGACCAAUGGCCAAUCUGAACGACAGUGCUGUUACAAAUGGGACUCUACACAAUCCUAAGACCCAGCAAGGAAAAAGGCAAAGCACUGGUUGUGUGAAAAAUGGAAUCUCAAAGGAAGCCCAGCAAAAUAGGAAGGCAUAUGCUGAGGAUAAGCCAGUCUUUGAGCCCUACCAGGAAGCACCACUUUAUGUCUACGUUUUAACUUACAUGGGAUAUGGAAUUGGAAUCCUAUUCGGCUAUCUCAGAGACUUUAUGAGAAACUGGGGAAUUGAAAAAUGCAAUGCAGCUGUAGAGCGAGAAGAACAAAAAGACUUUGUGCCGCUGUAUCAGGACUUUGAGAACUUUUAUAAGAGGAACCUUUACAUGAGAAUCAGAGACAGCUGGAGUCACACGGUCUGCAGUGCCCCAGAGCCUUACAUGAAUGUCAUGGAGAAAGUGACUGAUGACUAUAACUGGACAUUCAGGCAUACUGGAAAAGUUAUAGAAAAUAUCAUCAACAUGGCCUCCUACAACUACCUUGGGCUUGCAGGGAAAUAUGAUGAUUCGAUGGUGAGAGUUAAGGAUACUUUAGAAAAGUAUGGUGUAGGUGUGGCCAGCACCAGAAAUGAAAUGGGUACCUUGGAUAUACACAAGGAGUUGGAGGAUCUCAUGGCUGAGUUCUUGAAUGUAGAAGCAGUGAUGUCUUUUGGAAUGGGAUUCGCAACCAACGCAAUGAAUAUCCCUGUAUUUGUUGGAAAGGGAUGCCUCAUUUUAAGUGAUGAGUUUAACCACACUUCAGUCAUCCUAGGAUCUCGACUCUCAGGUGCAGUCAUAAGACCCUUCAAACACAAUAAUGCAGAAAACCUAGAGAAGCUCCUGAGAGAAGCUAUCAUCCGUGGCCAGCCUGGCACAGGGAGAGCUUGGAAAAAGAUUCUCAUCGUGGUAGAGGGCGUCUACAGCAUGGAAGGUUCCAUUGUGAACCUUGCCCAGAUAGUGGCUCUAAAGAAGAAAUACAAGGCUUACCUGUACAUUGAUGAAGCUCACAGUAUUGGCUGUACAGGCCCCACGGGACGAGGCGUCAGAGAGUUAUUUGGACUGGACCCUGAAGAUAUUGACGUAUACAUGGGUACAUUCACCAAGAGCUUCUCGGGCUCAGGAGGAUAUAUAGGCGGGAAAAAGGAAAUUGUGGAUUAUUUACGGAUGCAGUCACAUAGCACUACUUAUGCUACAUCCAUGAGUCCCGUAGUAGCAGCACAACUCAUCAGAUCAUUGAAGAUAACUAUGGGAUAUGAGGGGAACAUUGGAGGUAUGGAGAGAAUACAGCAACUUAAGGAAAACAUAAAAUACUUCCGACGGCGACUGAAAGAGAUGGGAUUCAUCAUCUAUGGCAAUGAUUUCUCUCCGGUGAUCCCUGUGCUCCUCUAUAUGCCCGCUAAAGUGUCUGCUUUCAGCAGAUUUUUGCUUAAGAAAAAGAUCUCAGUGGUGGUUGUUGGAUUUCCAGCUACUUCCCUGCCAGAAGGUCGGGCCAGGUUCAGCAUGUCCUCUGCACAUACUCGGGAGAUGUUAGACACAGUUUUGGAAGUCGUUGAUGAGCUCGGUGAUCUCCUGAACGUGAAAUAUUUCCCACUCAAGAAAUCAGGGCGUGCUAUACUCUACAAUAAGGAGGGUUUUGACAAUGAAGCAAGCUUUGAAGAGAUGCACUCUGAACCGGAAGCCUAAGUUCCUGACUCCAAAUGGAACAUAAAGACUGCCAGAAAGACCUCCCUCCCUCUUUAUCUCGAAAGUAAUAUAAUUGUAUUUUACCCCUUCUGAGGACAAUUUCAUUUUCCAAACAGGCUUAAUUGGAAAAGGGAAAUAAUCAUUUAUUUAAUGUCUCAAGCCUGCUGCUACAAAGCAAAAUAAUAUAAUUCUAGAUUUCAGUUUUCCCUCUCCUUUGCUAUAAAUACACACAUGCGUACAAAUGGCA